GAUUUUAUAGAUGGAAUGAAAUUGAAACUUAUUCAAAUAAAUAGGAAGAGAGAGAGAAAAAGAGAUUCAUAUAUUCUAUCUUCAAAGCCUCGCCGCCGACCGUUCUCGCGUCGAUGUCGCUCAUCGUCAUCAAGGAAUGGCACACACGGCCCCCGGUAAGCAAAGAACUAGCUACAGCACUGCUUUGAAAACCCAUUCACAGAAUGAAACACGAACGAAACGAGGCGGCCUGGCCUCUUGGUGCGCCUCCUCUGUUCGUGUAGUCACUCAGUAGUGUCAUGGAGGUAACAUGGCCGAGGAGACGCGCCUAGUUCGCGUUGAAGAGAGGCUAAAGAUCAAAAUCGGAGAAGUGAAAAAUCUGCUAAGUCGUGGCCAUGGAUCCCCCGGUGCUAGAGAUGUAUACUGUGCGCUUUCCCUCGAUCAGGAGGAAAUUUUUCGGACCACCACGAUGGAAAGGACUCUCAACCCAUUUUUCGGUGAGGAAUUCCAGUUUGAAGUACCUCGAAAAUUCCGCUACUUGGGUAUCUACGUAUACGAUAGAGACAGACAUAUAAAGCAAGACAAAAUUCUCGGAAAAGUCGCUAUAAAACGCGAAGACUUGGCAACUUACCACAAUAAGGAACAUUGGUUUCCUCUUCGUGCUGUGGACGCUGACUCUGAAGUUCAGGGUAAGGCCCACCUCGCACUUGGUUUUCAACCUCAAGUUGGUAACUACCAGUCCAAACUCACUGUUCGUGUGAUCGAGUGUUCUGAAUUGACAAUUAAAAAUGGAGGCUGUGAUCCAUACGCAACCGUAACUGUUAACUACAGCAAUGGAAAACAAAUUUCAAAGCGAACGAAAGUCAAGAAAAAAACUGUCUCCCCAUACUUCGAUGAAACGUUCGUAUUUGAGCCCGAAUUAACAGAGUCCAAAGACAAAGAUGUCUCUCAUUACUCAAUCGAUGGAGAAGUUGGUGAGGCAGUAAUUGGACUGUGGCACGCAUCAUCCGGUAUGGGAGAACCUCCGGCCUUUUUGGGAGAAGUCAGAGUGACACUGAGGGGCCUUCAGAAGCAACCAACUAGCACAACAACCGCGUGGUAUUUCCUUCAACCACGUGCAGCCCAACAUCGGCCAAGUAAAAUUGGUAAUUCAGCUCCCCCUGGAACACUACCCUGUCUUGGAUCUCUCAGAUUGAAAAUCCAUUACACAGCAGAUCAUGUUUUUCCAUCCGAAAUGUAUGAUCGUCUACGGAAUCUCUUACUCCAGAGUGUGACUAUCCAACCUAUAACUUCAUCAGCUGUUUACAUCCUCGGAGAAAUCGUUGCGAGUAAAAUGGAAGCUGCCCAGCCUCUUGUAAGGGUCCUCGUUCAUCAUGGCCAAUUGGUUUCUGUGAUGAGGGCCUUGGCCAGUCAUGAGAUAUCCAAACUCACCGAUCCAACGACAAUCUUCCGAGGGAAUACUCUUGUGAGCAAGAUGAUGGACGAAGGAAUGAGACUUGCAGGUUUGCAUUAUCUCCACAGUACCCUCAGACCAGCCAUGGAGCAGGUGUUCUUGGAGAAAAAACCGUGUGAAAUUGAUCCCACGAGAGUUAAGGAUGCUAAUACCAUUCAAACGAAUCUCAGUAAUUUGAAGGAAUACGUUGAGAGAGUCUUCACCGCCAUUACUACUUCAGGGGUACGAUGUCCACCGUUGAUGUGUGAAAUGUUCUGGUGCUUGAGAGAACUCGCUGCUACGCAUUUUCCAAAAAAUAAGGAAGUUAGAUACUCCGUUAUUAGUGGCUUUAUAUUUCUGAGGUUUUUUGCGCCUGCCAUUUUGGGACCCAGAUUGUUCGAUAUUACGGCCGAACCUAUUGAUUCUCAAACCAACAGAACCCUCACCCUUAUUUCAAAGACCAUUCAAAGCUUAGGGAACUUGGUUAGCUGCCGAGGUGGUGCUGGUAGUGUAUGCAAAGAAGAGUAUAUGGAGGGCGUGUACAGAGAAUUCUAUACGGAGAAGCACAUACAAGCGGUGAAGCAAUUUCUAGAAUUAAUAUCUACUAGCAGCAAUAGUGGGAUCGCCAGACAUAGACCAACAAUUCUCCAAGAGCAGCCAGUUGUCCUGAAGGAAGGAAGUUACUUUAUUUUUGUGCACUCUGCGGAUUGUGGAAAGAGGGUCAUGAUAAAAAGAGCGCAGGGACGGAAGCGAUUUGGACGGAAGAAUUUCAAACAAAGAUACUUCAGACUGACUACACAAGAUCUGACUUACUCAAAAACAAAAGGAAAAGAACCACUAUGUAGGAUAUCACUGGAAGAAAUCCUCGCCGUAGAGAGGCUACAUGAAGAUUCUUUCAAAAUGAAAAAUAUGUUUCAAAUAGUUCAACCCCAGCGUGCAUUGUACGUACAGGCAGGCAACUGCGUUGAGGAAAAGGAGUGGAUUGACAUACUGACCAAAAUUUGUCAUACAAACAGCAAUAGAUUGGAAAAGUAUCAUCCAAGUGCUUACAUCAAUGGACAUUGGCUGUGCUGCCGAUCUGUGUCAGAAGUCGCUCCAGGUUGUAGUGAAGUAUCACCAGGCCUAGAGGUAGGUUUGCGGAUGGUUUUAGAUCCAGAUCGUGAUCUUCAGCGUAUUCAUUCACUAAUCUUGGCCAAUAUGCCUCGAUUGGAGACUUUGAUGAGUGCUUGCGAGUGUCAGGCAGUUUACGGUGCCAGUGAGAUGUGUGUUUUACCUGGUGGUGGAUCACCUAUUGAGGAUGUACCAUCAUGUUUUAAAACCCUAACUGCACUCCGGGAGGCUGCGUUUGCACUCCAACAUGAACACAGAGCUUACUUCAGGCGAUUGGCACGCGAUACUAAAUAUGGGAGCAAACAAGCACCAAUUGGUGAUGACAACUACCUCCAUUUAGCAGCACGAGCCGGAUUUGACAGUCAACUAAAUAGGCGUGCAUAUGAAAUUGAUGGCCUCAAUCAACGUUGCAUUGACGGUGGCCUCUAUGAUAAUGGUAGCGGUAGUAUUAUACGUAGAAAUGAUGAUCGUAAAUACGAUGAUUUAUCAUCAAAUAGACGGUAUGAGAUUGAUAACAAUACGUUAUUACGACAAUAUGAAAAUCAUCACUCAGAUACACUGAGGAGUAUUCAGAAUGAUCUCAAUAAGUUUGAUCGCAGCCUUAGCAAUACACUGGGAUCUGAUAAACACGAGAGAAAUGCCAAUGAUAAUGUUGAAAAUCAAAGGAGAAAGGAUAUCGGUAGCUUAUUAACGAGCGAAGGUAUCAGUUUUUCUGAUACAUUUAAUAGAAAAUUGAGUAGUUAUGAUAAUAAGAGAGAGUUUAGUGAGGGUACUAUUAAUAGGAGAAUUAAAGAUGACGUGUCUGAUAUAUCAUCAAGCUCUAUGAGCGGUCGUGGUAACCACUGAGUUUCUGGUAUUCGUUUAGUUUCAUCUUUUAAUUUCAUCGCAAUUGCAUUGCACAUUUUCUACAUUUGGCUCGGACGAUUUGUUCAGUUAUGACUUGAUCUUAUCCCUAGAUACCUUAAUGACUCUCCUAUUCGUUUGACAAUUGUCAGUUGAGAAAUCUCACAUGCCUCAACUCUUUUCUGAAGAAUAAUUUCUUGACUAAAUGUUUCAAAAUAUAACAUUUUUCUUUUGUUCAUGGCAAUUGAAUAUUCUCCUUUUUAUUUAUUUAUUUAUUAUCAAGUAUCGAAAUUGAAUGCAUCAUAAGUGCACGUGUGUAUGUUACAUGGCUGUACAAGGUCGUAAUCUCAUUUUUAUACACCGUACAGUUGAAGAAUCAUUGACUGUAUGGAACCCCAUGAAGUCCUCUCGAAAAGACAUUAUUAUUUGCUAAGCUACCAGCAAUCACGAUUCGACAGAUGUAUCCUCUAAGAAACAAAAUUAAAAACAGUUCCAAUUCCUACUGUAAAUGUUAAGCGGAAACCACCGGAAAAGUUAGGAGUCUUCGAGUCUUUGUAAAGACAAUUGUUGAAAGUAAUAUGCAAGUUUGACUACUCGACGAUUCGAAAAACAAGGUUCAUAUAAACACAGGGGUUCCGCUUAUGCUUAGGCCAUACAAUCUUGAUAUCUGUCGUAAGAGAGUGAUGCAACUGUGGGCCCACUCGUUUGUUUCACCAAUUGAAUAAAAUUAAAGUAGGAAAAAUUAACAAAAUAUUCAAACAUUUAAGAAAAAUUGGUAAUAUUAAUAAUGUAUAAUCAUAUAUUUACGACACGUUGAAGUUUUUCGUAUAGAAUCCCUCCAUUGUUGUAAGUUUCAAUGAACAAAGUUCGUGCCUAAUUGGCAACGUGUGAAACACCAAUUUUCAAGAUUAAUAUUUAAAAAUGGAAAGUAGCAUUAAACCGACUGUACAGUUUAUCGUUAUGAUUUCACUAUAUGUUACGUUUAUACUAGCGGAACAAGUUUCCAACUUGAUUCAAUGAAUUGUACAGUGUACAGAAUCAUCAACACACUAUUUCACGUUCUUUUUUUUUUAUUAGCAUUCCCUGCCUCCCCCAACUUCCCCAUCGCCCCUCUAAAAAUGAGAAAAAAAUUAGUUGUCUUCUGCUUCUCUGUUGUUACUCCAUAAAUGUAAAAUAUUAUUAAUCGUUUUUAUUAUUAAUAUUCCUGUUAAUACGAUGGUAGUGUACAGAUUAAGAUAUGUGAGAAGAAAAUUUCGUUCUGGAAGUAAUUCUUAUAGUUUGAAUUGUAAUUUUUUACAAUCAAUGUUGGAGGAACACAACUACUUGACAUAUCCCUUGGCCUUUCUGUCCAAUCUGCGAAGUGCAAGAGGAUUUUUAAAAAUUUCAUGUCUUUCAAAUUUACCAAUCGAACUUUUCUACAUUUACUGAUGGAGUAAAUAAUUAAGAAAUUCAUGCGGACUGUCUGAUAUAGGAUCGGUUACACCGAGUUUCAUCAAAUAAAGCACCGGUCAAACCAUAAGGUUUAUACAGGAAGAAAUUUAAUUUUCAAAGGAUUUGGUGUAAUCGAUUCCAACUUUCAUAAUUUUCAUCAAUUCGUAGUAGAACCUAAAAUAGGUGAAGAUGCUAAUUCUACUUAUGAACGGUAUUAUUUAUAAAAUGAAGUACGUAUUAAUAAUUUAGUAACGAUUUUGUAUAUCCUUAUAUAUUUUGUUGUGUUCAUCAAGUAACUAUUGUUAUAUUCUUGAAAAAAAAACGUGGGAUUUUUAGGAUAGAUCGUGCCUUAAAGAGCGUCGAUGAUUAAAAAUACAUAGAAGAGCAAUAAGUUCUCAGUUUAUCAAAGUGGAUAUUUAUUGAAUGAACAGGAUGAAUUUUAAUUUUAAAUGUGUUAAUUGAUAAUGCUCGAUCAUGUACAUGCUAUGCGUAUUUUAAUACUGUGAAUAAAAUAAUACAGAAAUAACAA